AUGUCUCCCAAUCGUACAAGAAAAGCAACAGCGGAGGUUAGAGAUAAGGGGUCCUUUUUUGCAGCAAAAAGUCAGAAUAAACAUACUGACAGCCAAGCUGACAGUCAGACUAAGGAUAACACUCAAGAAAGCGUGGAAGCUGGGUCUGAUCAGGAACUAGGACCACCCUUACUCUCCUCUCCGAAUAUACCUGUGCAAGUAGCAAUAAAUAAAGAAGAGACUCAACUUACAACAAAUCUUAUGCAGAAAAUGCUGGACGCGGCAGUUAACAAGAUGCAAUUAACAGUGGAAGCAGCUAUUGCCGAUUUAAAAGUAAAUUUUAUAGAUCUAGAUGCCAGGACUGUACAUCUAGAGGGGAAAAUCAAUGAGUUCACUGUAACCAAUGCAAUGCUGGGAGACCGGUUGGAUGCAAUAGAGCAUAGGAUACUUCAACAUGAAUUAAAAUUAAUAGAUGUAGAAGAUAGAUCCCGGCGUAAUAAUAUUCGGAUACGUGGAGUUCCUGAAGAAAUUGGAGUUCAAGAUUUGGAAUCUUACAUGAGAGGCUUAUUUCUUUCCAUCGUACCAGAUACACCAUCAGAAAUGCUUCUAUCUGACCGUUUACAUAGACUUGCUAGACCACAGCAUCUGCCUAUAUCUAUAACAAGAGAUGUAUUAAUAAGACUUCAUUAUUAUCAUGUGAAAGAUAAGAUAAUGCGAACUCACAGAAGUAAGGGGAAACUGACUGGGAAGUAUGAAGGUGUUUUGUUAUUUACAGAUCUCUCGGCAGAAACAUUACGACGCAGAAGGGCUUUUAAAGAAAUACUAGAGAUACUUCGAUUUAACAACAUUCCCUAUAGAUGGGGUUACCCAAUUAAGUUAGUCAUUAUGAAAAAUGGGAAAUCUUUGACAUUGCCAUCACCGGAAGAAGGUUUAAAGCUUCUACAAGAGUGGGGUAUAAUGAAGAACCCCCAAGAAGAUCUUAUAAAAACGAAUUAAUAUAAAGACGAUAAGAGAAGAUGGAAGAUAGAAGACAGAAGUUUCUGCUCUGGUUUUUGACUAAAUUGAGAAAUCCAUGAUUUGAUGUAUUGGAGGUGGACCAAUAAUAAGCUCCUGUGAAUCCAGCAAGGGUUUGAUACAAUUAUGAUUAUUGAUAUUAUUGAUAUUACAGAUAUUAUUGGAUAUUAGUUGAUAUAUAUGUUUAUAUAUUGGUAUAGAUUAUAAUUAUAAAAAAAAAUUUUUUUUUUUUUUUUUUUCUCCUCUGUUUAAACUGUUGGUAAAGCAUAAUUUAUGAACAGAGAGUGUAUUUAAGUUUGGUUUUUCAGUUAUUUUGAUAUGUUACUGGUACAAUACGUGAUACGUCAUAUUAAUGACAUAUUUAAAUUUUUAAAUCACUAGGUAAGAUUAUAAUAAAACUAGGUUAG